UAAAAAUUUAAAAAAUGGAAAAUGAACUUACUUAAUUUAUUUUAAAAAAUGAUAAAAAGAGUAGCUUUAGGAGUUUCUGGGGGUGUUGAUAGUGCUGUCGCUGCCCUUCUGUUAAAAAAUAAAGGUUUCGAUGUCCAAGGCGUCUUUAUGAAAAAUUGGGACAUUGCCGACGAAAAAGGUAGUUGUCGCGCAGAUGAAGAUUACAAAGAUGCCAGUCAGUUAUGUAAACAAUUAAAUAUCAAAUUGCAUCAUGUUAAUUUUGUUAAGGAAUAUUGGAAUGAAGUUUUUUGCAAUUUAGUUAAAGAAUAUGAGACAGGCAAUACACCAAAUCCUGAUAUUUUAUGCAAUAGAAAUGUUAAGUUUAAUUAUUUUUAUAAAUAUUCUAUGGAACACUUAAAAGCAGAUGCUAUUGCUACAGGACAUUAUGCUAAUACAAGUUUUGGGCCAUAUUUAGAACAUUAUAAUCCUAAUGAAGGGGUGAAACUUUUGAGAGCCAAAGACACCAAAAAAGACCAAACAUUUUUCUUAUGUCAAGUGCAACAGGAAGCUCUGAAAAAAACAAUGUUUCCUUUGGGCAAUCUUAUGAAGUGGGAAGUAAAACAUAUUGCAACAGAAAAUAAUUUAGAAAAAUUUGCUUUUAAACAUGAAAGUAUGGGAAUCUGUUUUAUUGGGUCUAGGAAUUUUCAAGAUUUCAUUGAGGAGUAUAUUCCAGACAAACCAGGCAAAUUUGUGGAUAUUGACACAGGACAAAUUGUAGGAGAACAUAAAGGUAUUCACAAAUGGACUUUGGGCCAAAGAUCUAGACUGCCAGGGCUGCCAGAAGCAUAUUUUACUUGUAAAAAAAAUGCAGAAGAUAAUAUAAUUUAUGUUGCAAAAGGUACCAAACAUCCGUCAUUCCACGGGUCGCUAUUAUUCACCACAAAGCCACAUUGGAUCCACUCAAAACCCAAAGAACUCAAAAAAGACAAUAUUUUAACAUGCGAUUUUAAAUUCCAACACACAGAAGAAUGGGCUUCGUGUAAAGUUUGUCAGUGCAAUGACGGUUUAUUAGUUAAACUGGAAAAAUCCAAACGGGCCUUAACUCCCGGACAAUUUGCAGUGUUUUAUAGAGGCGACGAAUGUCUGGGGAGUGCAAAAAUAUUGAACAGUGCUCCGUCAAAUUUUACUUUGUAUUAUUUGCAGAAUGGCACGUUGAAAACGGCAAAAAAAAUUAUAGAAGAAGGUCAGUGUAGGAAAAUGGAAAAUUUUAGUGAAAAACAGAAACUUGUAAAUAAAGUUGGUAAUAGCUAAAAGAAAAUAAAGAAAUAUGUUUUUUUUUUAGUUUACCUUUUAUUCUCUUAUGGAUUAGGUACUUAGGUACUUUUUUUAAUAAAUCUACAAAAAAUUUCUGAGUUUUACUAUUUUCAUUCCAAAAUAUAUAGAAUAGUAAUAGAAAUUUUACACAUUUUACCUAUUUAUUAUAAUGAUUUUAAAUAGUUAUUUUCCUAACAAGUGCGGAAAGUGAUACUUUCCCACACGCGACUGCCGUUGACCCGAACGACGCGAAGCGGAGUUCGGGCAAGCAGUCGAGUGCGGGAAAGACACUUUCCGCAUGAGUAAGGAACAUUAUUUUUUCUACGAGCGCGUUCAAAUAUAGAAAUAAAAAUUAAGUAAAUUCAAAGCGAUAUAUUAUUGAAGAAAUCGUUCAAUUACAAUAGUUAUUUAUGUAUCAAGGGUACAUGUAUAUAUACAAGUAUAUAUUCAAGUAUAUAUACAAUUAUAUAUACAAGCAUAUAUACAAGUAUAUAUACAAUUAUAUAUACAAGCAUAUAUACAAGUAUAUAUACAAUUAUAUAUACAAGCAUAUAUACAAGUUUAUAUACAAGUAUAUAUACAAUUAUAUAUACAAGCAUAUAUACAAAUAUAUAUACAAGUACCAUAUGUUAACCAACGUUAAAAAAACCAUACCUGUAUACAAUAUCAAAAAAAAUUAUUAAAUUUUUGAAAGAUCCACAAAUUAGAAUAAUAUGGAUUAAAAUAGCAAAAAUGUAUGCAGACAAAAUUGAUAAAAUGUUUGAUUAAUUAACAAAACUGACACUUCUGAACGCCACUUUCCCGCACUAGUGCGGGAAAAUGACAUUUUCGGAACUAAAAUGCGUGCGGGAAAGUGAUAAAAAAUGCACGCUCGUAGAAAAAAUUAUUUUCGUUUUCAGUUAUUCGAUUUGAACAUGACAUAUUUCCUUAAUACUAGUUUUAAUAUAUUUUUUAACUUUAUUUUUCGUUAAUUCUUAUAAUAAUCUAAUUAAAAAUUAUAUUGGAUAUCGGGAGCAUCAAAUUGUUCCCAAGCGAAUUUUUUUCGUUUAUCCACUGCAGGCACUCUUUGGAAGUUGUCGUAUCUCAAUGUUUGCCUUACAGCUUGAAAAUUGCUGGGUGCACUUUCGUCUGGAAAUUGGUCUUGGACUGCUAUUGGGACACUAAGUACCAUUGUAGCAAUCAUGAACGAUAGAAGAAUAGUUGCCAUGAUGGUGUGAUUUUU